AUGGACGAUUACCUGCAACGUGUCCAUGGAUUCCCGCCUCUUCCUUUAGUGGUCGCCCUGUCCCGCUCAUUUCCAAUAAGAUCCGCCGGUGGUCUCUCUGCAGCUCUUCCCCUUGUAGCUCCCGCCCAUUCCUUCACGCUUCUGCGCGCUGACCCUCGGCUGUUACGUCACUGGCGGCAAAACCGCGCGCUGUGUUCAGGCGGGAGCGCCCCGGAAGCGGAAACCCGGCUAGCGGAAGCUGUGCGGGGUGUGAGUCGAAGGUGGUUAGAGCUACCGGCCGCUGCCACCACGGGGUCGGAACAACACCAAGCCUUACUUCUAGCACAGAGAGACUUUCUGCAGGGCAAUCAAUCGGGAAAUCCUGUCACCUUCCCCGCCUGGAACGCCUACCGAAAUCCGCCAGGACAGUACGCCACCGACUGGAACCCCCCACGUCCUCCGCUGAUUUCGCACCCCCCUCCGCUCCCUCCUGCUCGCCCACCUCGCGAUCAGAGAAGCCAUCAUUUGGCCCAGCAGUUUGAGAACCUUUCCGUGUCAGGUGACCAUUUUGUAGAGUGCUUGAUCGAAAAAUUCCGAGAGCUUGGCGGGGGAAGAUCGCACACGGCGAGAGAUCUAGCCAGACAAUUGAGAGUCGAAAAAAAACAUGUCAAUCAUCACCUGUACAAACUAGAAAACCUUCAGGUCGUCUGCAAAGAAGGCGACAAGCCACCAAGGUGGAGGCUCGUGACUCGCAAUCAGCGCCCAGAGCAGCGGCCGCCGCCGGCCUACUUGCAGGCAACUCACCGGGCGCAGCAGCCCUCAACGGGCGGAGCAGCAGCUGCCGGCCCACUUGCACGCAUCUCACCGGGCAGGACAGCAGCCGACGGCCUACUUGCACGCAUCUCACCGGGCAGUCCAAUCGAGGGAGGAGCAGUCAACGUCGCAUUCAGAGUCCGACUGGUCAGCUGA